AUGGAUUAUCAAUUACAUGAAGGUAAACAAAUCUCGCAAGAGUUUCCAACUGACAUUUCCACAACAAAGUCAUCGGAUUUAAAAAGUAGAAAAACCGAUUCUCCAUCUAUUCAAAGAACACACGAAUUUGUUAAUUUUUCAGUCUUUCCAAUUGUAAAUACCAAUGAAAUUAUGAAUGUUGAUAUCAAACAUUUUUCACCAGAUUUAAAAUGUCCAACCUCACCAAAUAUAUUUUUACAACCUUUAACCACCACCCCCAACACCACCCCCAACACCAGUACCACAAUUGAUUCAAAUACAGAAAUUAAUCCAAUUGAAAUACAAUUACAAUCACCACUUUUAUUCCAACCUGAACAUCUUUCACCACAAACUUUAAAAACUACAAUACCAACAUUUUCAAUUCCUACAUAUCCAACUCCAUUAAAUACCAAAUUUCAAUCUUCACCUCCACCACCACCACCACCACCAGCUGCAACUACAACAACAACAAUAACUACAACAACAACUACAUCUGCUGGUAAUUCAACAACUAAAAAUAAUAAUAAUAAUAAUAAUAAUAAUAAUAAUAACAAUGGUAAAUCACCAAAACAAUUUCAAGAUGUUUUAAUUCCAGUUACUUCAUCAGGUAAAGAUGGUGCUUUGUAUACAGUUUUGGAGAAUGUACCAAUAAAAAGAACACAUAGAAGAAGAAGCGCAAACAUUGAUAAAGACUCUUUAAAAUGUUAUCAAUGUAAUACAAGUAAUACUCCAGAAUGGAGAAAAGGUCCAGAAGGCCCUGCAACACUUUGUAAUGCAUGUGGUUUAGCAUAUGCAAAGAAACAAAAGUUGACAAAGAAUAAUAUUAAAUUUAAUCAAUCAACAAAUGUAAAUAAUAAUACCAAUAAUACAAUUACACAAUUAAACCAACAAAUAAAUAAUCAAGGUUUACCAAAUUUAACAUCUACCACCACAACUUCCAACAAUACAGCAGCAGCAGUAAACAUAACUACACCAUCAAAAAGAAAUAAUAAAUAUAAUACUCAUCGUUCUAAAGUAUUUGGAGAAGUGGCACCAUCAAUCGUUUAUACCAAUGGUACACUCAAUAAUGUUGGUACACCAGUUAGUGAUACUAAAAAGAGUCAUACCUUUCAUGAAUAUAUGACACCUUCAAAUUCAUUUUUCACUGGUAAACCAAUUAAAACAACAAAAACUAAACCAAAACCAAAGUCAAAAUCAAAACCAGGUAAAAUAACACAUACUAAACAUGAACAACCUCAAUUGAAUGAACAAGUUCAAGCUAUAAUGGAAAAGAAUAAUUUAUUAAGUUCUUCUGGUGGCUCUGGUGGUGCUGGUAGUAGUAGUAGUAGUUGUGGUACAUCUUUAAAUAGUUCUUUAGGGAGUAGUAGUGGUACCAUUACUAAUAGUGGUGGUGGCAGUAGUGGUGGCGGAGGUGGAAAUUUAUUUAGUAACCAACAACUUGGUUUCACUUGUAUAAAUAAUAAUGUUAGUAAUAACAACAGCAACAACAACAUAAAUAAUAAUGAUAAACAAAUUCAGCAACAAAUUCAGCAAGUUCAACAACAAGUCCACCAACAAGUCCAACAACAGCUACAACAACAACAACAAGUCCAACAACAACAACAACAAAUUAAUCAAGAACCAUUUUUAAAUCAACAAAAUCAUUAUUAUCAAAAUAUAUUCCAAAAUGUUUCAACAGGUAAUCAAAAUUGUGCGAUUAAUACAAAUGGUGGAUUCCCCCAAUUCGAAUCACCAAUGGAUAUCUUCCCAUAUAAUAAUAAUACCACCAAUUGUACUCAAGACUCAAACGGUUUUGUACCAAAUUUAGCAAACUUUGAAAUGCAAGGAAACGUUUUAUAUAAUUCAAGUGGUUCGCCUUCAAGUUUGGGUCAAUAUGUUAUUCAAAAUAAUAGUUUUUCUGGCCCAAAUGAUCAAAAUCCUUAUGUUCCUUCAGUUUCUUUAAAUUCAAAUAAAACUACUAAUAUUAAAAAUAAUAAUAAUAAUAAAAAAAAUAGUAAAAAUAAAAAUAAUAAAAAUAAUAAAAAUAAUAAUAAUAAUACAAAAAUCAAUAAUCACCACAUCAAUAAUAAUAAAAAUAAUGUAAAUACAAAUCAAACAAUUAUAAAAGAAAAUAAUUCACAAAAACAACAUCAACAACAACAACAACAACAACAACAGCAACAAGAACAACAAAAACAACAACAAGAACAACAAAAACAACAAGAGGAACAACAACAAAAUUUAUCAAUUAAUAAUUCAAAUCAAACAAAUGAAAAUGAAAUUUUAGGAACAACAACAACAACGACAACAUCAACAGCAACAAUAAUUACUUCUCAAGUACCAAUGAAUUUAUCACCAAACUCUGAUGAUAAUCAAUCAUCUUCAAAUUAUUCAACAUUAUCUGAUUCAGGAUCUAGUCCAACUGAUAGUUUUAGUGGAUUAUCAGUAAAUACUCCUCAUCCAAAUUGUGAUAGUUUCAGUAGUAGUAUUAAUAAUGGUAGUAAUUGUGGAAGUGAUAUUGAAACCAUCGAGUCUCCACUUCAAAUGUCAACAGAUGUUUUAACUAUUAAUAAUUGCAGUAGCAAUAGAACAACAGCUACCAACAACAACAUCAACAACAACAACAACAACAACAACAACAACAACAACAACAACAACAAAUGCUCCAUUAAAGAUGAUACAUUUAAUUUAUUAACAAACUCAAAUUUGGAUAGUUUUGGUAUCAUAGAUUGUAUAAAUGGUUCUUCAACAAAUACAAAUAGUUUCUUUAUGGAAACACCACUUUUAAUCAAUGAUGAAGAUUUAUUAUCAAGUUCAAAUUUAACAAGUUCUUCAGAAUUGUUACCUCAUUCAUUUGUUUAA